CUGACCUGUGCUGUUAUCUCCGGUCGGCUCUCGCUUAGAGAGGAUUUUUCGGGACAGCUAGAAAAUGACAGAUGAAUUGAUAAUUAAGACUGCUUCACUGGCUUAACAGCAACAUCCUCACUCUUAAAGAAGGGUUUACUGACGCCGCUGGUUGCACUGCUCUUGUCAGAUAAUACUGACCUAAAUGAGCUGCAUGGUGUCGGGAUUUGUUUUGCUACAUAGCUAGUUAGCUGUUGGCUAGCCAGCUAGCUAGCAUUUAGGCUCUGUCACUGCUAACUUAAAACAGCUGUCAAGCCGGAGUAACAUCCAGCAUUGGAAAGGAACUAGUAGCGUUUAUCAAAUGAUCCCCACCCAGGUCACUUUUCGGGACUUGUGACUGUCCCUACGUAACUAUGUUUACUAGGUAAUUUUUCCUCACGUAAUGGUACAAGCCGCUACGGUAUAUUUAAUAAAACCAGGGGACAAACGAGCCUUAAAUAGCCAAGUCACAUCCUAACUUAAGCAUUGUCAAGACUUCAAGAAACUGCCCGCGUGAGCUACGGUCUUUGACAAGCAAAUUAAACAGCCAACAGUUAGCCUGGUUAGCUAGGACAGCUUAUUUCAGCAUCAAUCAGUUAGUCACCGGAUAACAACAAUGGCUAAUACAGACCUGCAGACAAAAUACAGCAAGCUGGCACAGGAGUAUUCUAAGCUCCGUGCUCAGAAUCAGGUGCUGAAAAAGGGAGUUGUAGAUGAGCAGGCCAACUCUGCCUCUCUAAAGGAGCAGCUGAAACAAAGGGAGCAGAGCCUGAGGAAGCAGGAGCAGGAGAUGGACAGCCUCAGCUUCAGAAACCAACAGUUGGCCAAGAGGGUGGAGCUGCUGCAAGAGGAGCUAGCUGCUAGUGAUGCCAGGGGCAAAAAGGGGAAGGUGAUCAUGAGGGGAAAAAGUAAGGGAGACUCUCCCUCACAGCAUGGUCUACAGACUCAGAGUGUUUUUGAUGAGGACCUGCAGAAAAAGAUAGAAGAAAAUGAGCGACUUCAUAUACAAUUCUAUGAAGCAGACCAACAGCACAGGAGGAGGGAGGCUGAGCUGAGGGCUCGACUAGAAGAGCUGGAGAGAGAUGCUGACCAGCACCAGACUGUUGUAGACGGACUAAACACAAAGUACGUGGAGACGAUUGAGAAACUGCAGAGUGACAAGGCACGGUUAGAGAUGAAAACACAAACUCUGGAGCGGGAAGCAAAAGAGUGCAGAAUGCGAACUGAAGAGUGCCAGCAGCAGCUGAGACGGUGCCAGUCGGAGCUGAACAGACAGGUGAAACAAAGCAGCAGUGUAAUCCAGGAGAAAGUGCCCUUCAAUGACACCAAAUUUAGCGAUUACAACAGUCUAAAUGUGCCGUCUCACAAUCGAAGGCACCAGCUUAAGGCUCGGGAUGUUGCCAGCCAGGCACUGAGCUUCAUCCAGGACCUCGUUGCCGCUCUGUUGAACUUUCACUCAUAUACGGAGCAGAGAGUACACAUCUAUCCACUAGACUCCUCCCUCGAGCCCAUCUCUCCUCUUAACCAGAAGUUUUCUCACUAUCUACUUGAGAAUGCAGCCUAUGUGCGCCCCCUGGAGGAAAGCUUUCUGCAGUUAUACCAAAGUAUCACAGAAGACACAGUCACAGUACUGGAGACUGUGGUCAAACUCAAGAAUUUUGCUGAAACUUUCUCCACCUACACCCACUUUCUACAAAAGAUUCUUCCGUACCAGCUGAAAAGCCUGGAGGAAGAGUGCGAGGCACCUCUUUGCACUGCUGCUCUUACUGUAAAAAACCAGGAGUUACAGAGCGACAUGAAGAAAGUAACUUCUGCGUUUGAGAAGCUGCGGAGCUACAUAAACCUUUUGGCCUUACCCAGUGUUCAGCAGGACGCCGUGCCACCGAGCAGCACCUCAGCUGUCUUCACCCAGCUGGCUGCCUGCCUGCACAGUCUUCAUGAUGCCAUUAAAGAGAUGUCAAAGCAUUACAAUCAGAAGGCCAGCAUUGAGCAGGAGCUCCCCACAGUCACCCAGAAGCUCUGUACAACCACAGAGUGCCUCCUCGGAUCUUUGGGUUCACUGACUAGUAGCACUGGCAAGAUUGCCACUUUCUUCAGCAACAAUUUGGACUUCUUCACAUCACCAGGUUACAGUCCAAGAGGGAGCUCAGUGACUCUCAACCCCUUGCAAGCAGAGAGUAUGCUGGCCAAUAAAAAGAAAGCAGCUGCCUAUAUCCAUGCUAUCAAAAAGACCCGACCCCAGUCUGUUCCAUACAGAGAAGCCCUGUCAAACCGUCGAAUACUCACCAGCUCCACUGAAAGCAGAGAAGGUCUCACUCAGCAGGUGCAGCAGAGCCAGGAGAAGAUCGCUCGGCUGGAGCAAGAGAAGGAGCACUGGCUCCUGGAGGCCCAGCUGGGGAAAGUGCGUUUGGAAAAGGAGAACCAGCGCAUUGCGGAUCUGGAAGCACAGCUUACAGCAGCUCUGGGGGGAAGUCCAAACGCACAAACGGCAGCAGCCAGCACGCUCUCACAAAGCCACGAGGUAGCAGACACAGAGCAGAAAGCCACAGGGAAGGAGGCGACUCUGUGCACCAGCCUGGUGGGCAUGUUGUGCACAACACCUACAGUUGAACAUGUGGGAGACGAAGAGUCUCGGGAGGAGCUGAUAAAGACUCACUACAUGACCAGAGUGGGAGAGCUCACUACCCAGCUCCAGAUUUCAGACAGCAAAGCUGUGCAUUUUCACUCUGAGUGUCGAGCUUUAGCGAAGAGAUUAACCAUUGCAGAGAAAUCACGGGAGACUCUGAGCGAAGAGGUGAAAGUGGCUAAUCAAAACAUCACACGCUUGCAGGAUGAGCUGACUACGACGAAGAGGAGCUACGAGGACCAGCUUAGCAUGAUGAGCGACCAUCUGUGUAGCAUGAAUGAGACUUUGAGCAAACAGAGAGAGGAAAUUGACACGCUCAAACUGGGCAGCAAGGGAAAUGCCAAAAAGAACAAGGGACGCUAAAGCUGCCCUCAGAGUUUGGCCACCUUGGGAGAAGACUUGCACAAGGAGCCUCUCAACAGAAUCCUGCCACAACAAAACUAUAGGACGACUACAAGAGCCUCACAUCUCUGCAAUGUCACACAGCGGAAACAAGCAAACGUGUGGGGGCCUCGACUGAAAUACAAUGUUUUUCUCUUUUCCAUGUCACAACACUUAUUAAAACAUAACAUGAUUUUCUUAAAGUGGUUUCCGAGAUUCAAAUGGAAGUUUUUACCUGACGUGUGAAACCUCUUUUACCUGAAAGGGGGCAGAUGAAGAGCUGAAACAGCUGAAGUUGUAAUACUCAACUGACAUCAAGACUUGAAGACCAAACCCUGUUAAUGUGUGUAGUUUUCUGACAUCAUGUAUGUAUGAGAACAUCAAACUGUGCCCUCUUACUGCUUUUCUAGGCGAACCCAGAGUAAAUGCUGGUGUGGUUGUGUGUGAUUAGACUGUUGUUUGAUUGUGUGACCUUACAAUUUUUUUUUAUCAGAUCACGUUUAAGAGUAUUGGUAAAGGCGGUUCCAGGGGCCUGUAAAUCCACCUAUAACAUAACACCCUUUCUAACACAAGCUUCUGGGAAGAAGGGCUGUAAAAUCUAAAGGAACAGCUGACAGAGACACUUUUUCCUGAGAUAUUUUGAGUCCUCUGGGAGAGAAGAGAAGAAAAGAUGCCUGCCUUGAAGUGCUGACUUACUAUGUUUACUAUGAUAGAAAGGGAAGGACAAGCUGAAGCUUGUGAAAAUUAUGUCAAUCUUUGUCUGGAAAGUUGCUCUGCAACAGUUUUUCUUUUUAAAUCACCAAAGCAGUUGUGGCUGUGCACUCAGAGCUCUAAUAUAAGGUUAAAAAGGGUUCAUGUGAAUAUACAUUCAUUUAAAAUCAUAAUGUACUGUAUAAUUUCUUAAAAUAUAUUUACAA